AUGGAAGAGAGAUCUGUUGAGAGGUUUUUUGUACCCUCAUCGUUUUCCAAUGUUGGAAUGAAUCCAAAUCGGUGUUUUAGUUCUAUGGAGGUGAAUAAACCAGAAGGGAAGCCUUCUGUGAAACGCCUGGGUAAUCUUACAAGCACAUGGAAUGAGUUUGCUGCCUAUCUCAACAAGAAGCAGAUACAAACCAGAUGCAAAGAAUCGAAUAUGUCUGGGAGCGAAAGCCAUUCUGCCAUCCUUAAACAAUUUUCUGGGUUUCUUGCAGAAACUGGUUUUGUUCCACAUGAAGAAGCUUCAGGUACUCUAUCAUCUUUGUCUACUGCUCUCACUGUUUGUGCUGAGAAUGACUAUUGGAUUAUAGACUCAGGAGCUACGGAUCACAUGACAAAUAAACUUCAAAGUUUGCAUGAUUUCAAACAAUUGUCCAUUCCUUCAAAAGUGUCUCUUGCAAAUGGCCAUGGUGCCUCUGUUUUGGGAAAAGGAAAAAUUGCAUUGCUUUCUAAUCUUAUUGAGUCAGUUGCUCUCAUGACGAUAGCAGGAUGGGUGUUCAUGAUCUCAGUCGGGUUAAAUGCAGCUGCAAGUGUGAGAGUAAGCAAUGAGCUUGGAGCCGGAAAUCCCAAGUCCACAGCAUUUUCCGUCGUUGUGGUGACUACGAUCUCCUUCAUCAUUUCCGUCAUUGCAGCCAUAGCUGUUCUUAUUUUCCGAGACGUUAUCAGCUACGCCUUCACGGAGGGUGAAGUCGUGGCUGCUGCUGUCUCAGAUCUCACCCCUCUGCUUGCCCUCACCCUCCUCCUCAAUGGAAUUCAGCCAGUCUUGUCCGGUGUUGCUGUUGGGUGUGGAUGGCAAGCUUUUGUGGCGUAUGUAAAUGUGGGGUGUUAUUACUUGGUUGGAGUACCCCUCGGUGUCCUUCUUGGUUUUUACUUCAACUUUGGUGCUAAGGGAAUAUGGUUAGGGAUGAUGGCAGGUACAUUGAUGCAAACAAUCAUUCUAUUAUGGAUCACCAUUCGAACGGACUGGAAAAAGGAGGUGGAAGAGGCAGCUAGAAGGUUGAACAAUUGGGACGUGAAGGAACCCCUAAAAGUCUGAGAAUGAAGUCAUUGUAUAUGCGUAGGACAAUGUUUAUUCUCCAAGGUUAUUCAUAGUGUAAUUUGGUGAUUUUGUUAUAUAUGGUAGUGACACUAUUUUCCGG